AUGUCUCCAGGAAAAUGGAUCCGGCGCAUACAGAAACAAAUCGCCGUCCUCGAGGCCAAGCAGAGGAAGUAUGAGCGCCGCCUUGAGGCACUGGAGGCAGCACUACCUGACUGCUCCACUGCUGACCAGGAUGCAACUGCCAUCGGCAUCGACAGGAGCAAUGUGGAGAGGGACAAGGCGGCCUUGAGGGAGAGGAUGACCAAUGCUAAAAACGACAUAGCGAGCUAUGAGGGUGAGAUUACGCGGAUUAGGGAGAGGGUUGCGAGGGGUUGGGAGACGGGUUGGGACGGCAUGGGUUACAAGCCGAUAGAGGAAUGGAAGUCUAUAGAUGAGGCGGAGGAGGCGGAGGUGGUUUGA